GCGUUGUUAUGGACGUGGCCGAGUCGGCGCGUUUAAAAAACGCAAACCAAGUGCGUUUGUGUUUUUUGUAAUUUUUCCUGAAGUUUUGCUAGUUUACAGGUUAUUUUCGAAAAAUGUCCACGUAUGAAAUGGAUGCUUUGCGAAAGCGUAAUACAUAUUUGUUGGAGCAGCUGAAGCAGCAGAGAGAGAAGCUGGAGCGGGUGAGCGGCAACAGUUUGAGCCGCAAGAGGGGGAGAGAGGACGAGGAAGAGGAGAAGGAGGAGCGGAGGCAGCCCGAAGUGAUGGUAACUCUGACGGAGGGAGACCGAGGUCCUGCCAGGGCAGCCCUGGCCAAGCCUUCAGUCAGAUUUACCGAGAUGCACAAAGGGACCCAUCGUCAUUCUGGGACCUCCAAGCACAGAGUACCUGUUGAACCUACAACACUGUCAGACAGCCACAGAAAUCCUCAGGACUACGAUGAAGCAGCAGACUCCAGGUCGUUCAGCAUCCCGUCUUCCCCAGUCAUCCACAGUAAAGUCCAGGAGGAGGUCCACAGUGGAGUCCGGUUUCAGUCAGACGACUCUGGAAGCAAACCAGCGUCAGACAGACAUCGUGUGCAGCCUUUGCUUGGAUAUGAUUGGAUAGCAGGGGUUCUAGAUGCUGAUGACUCCUUGGUAGAACGCUCCGAUGAGUUCUUCAAUGAUCUCCACGUGUUUCGAUCGCUCAAUAAAGACGAGUGCGUUCACCCCGGGCCUAAAAAAUCUUUUGAGGAAAAGCGUCUUUUUCCACCCCUCCUAGCAGAGGAGGACGACGACGACAAAGAAGGAAACACGGACUCUCAUCAGUGCACUUUCUCCUACAGGAUCAACAGCAGGCUGUUUCCUGUCCCACUUCACGCUCAGGAAUGCUGCCCAGUGUGCAGAAAGACCAAAUCAUCCCACCCUCACACUGCGGCUGAACCGGCUCUCAUCAGGGUCAGCAUCCCUCGCACCAACCUCCUGCCGCCUUACAAGUACAAAGCCCAUCGGCGAAGCAGCUUUGAUCCUUCAGACAGCUUGGGAUUACCGUCUCACUGUCUCUCCGGAUGGUCAAAUGCAGGUCAGAACAUCCCGCCACCGCCCAGCAGCCUUGACCUGCGGAGCAGCAUUAGAACCAAGAACUCUGAUGGCUCCCUGAGUCCAGAGCUACGGGAUCUUUCUUCCCCCAGAAGAGACCAAAGCCUGGAGCGGAUCUCUGAUGUGCGUCGCUUGGCUCGCUUCAACUUUCAGCACUUCGCUCCGAAAAGCAAACCAAGAGGCCCUUCUUUCCCCGUGGGCUGACCGACCGAUCAUCGAUAAAUCUGAAAGGAUCAAAACCUGAGACUCUUUAUUGUCGUCCAAAAAGCCGCUUUACAUCUUUAGUGCACCCUCAUCCGUCUCUGUCAGAUGUCAUUCUAACACAGUUUAUUUUUAUAUGGAACUAAACCAUAAAGUGCAUUGGACUAUGAGCCACCUCUAAACUUUGAGACAAAAAUCAUGUUGCUCACUGUUCCCCUUUUUUUUUUUUUUUUUUGUCAAUGUGAAUUAAAGCUUGAGCAGAUUUAGACCCCACAUGUGACAGUCGCUUUUGUGGAAGUGAAGCAAGAGUCAAAGGGUUGCACCACAGUGGAUAUGCACAGUACUCAACACCAGUCGACUGUUUUUAGAACAUAAGGAAGGCUAAACAUAUGUUUGAGCUGCGUCUUGCAAAACCUAAGGAAGUCGCGUUGAAUCACUCCCAGCAUAUUUGGGUUUGUUGCCGUCUCCAGCUGUGUGAUUCGGGCCCCUGGCUCUGUGCAAACUUCUCCUUUUUAACUUCCUUACUGCAGGACAAGGAGCCUUUUAGAUCAGCAGGGGCUAAUGUGCAAUACAGGAGCUGCACUUAACAGGAAGCCACAACACCCUGUACUUACUCACACUUAUGUGCUCGUCACAUCGCACCUGGCAUGGUGUAGGUUUGUGUCUAAAAGGCCAACGCAGUCGAACGUUUUUAAAGCGACGACGGAUUGAUUCAUAGCGUAUUGUCUGAGCGCUCAGUUUCUGCGACGGGGGUUUCGCUUUAAAAAUCCUUGCAGACGAACUGUAAUCAUCCCAUCACUGGGGGCUGAACUUCUCAGAAACGAAGGGGGAUUGUUUUCAGAAAGGCGCAAGCGAUGUGCAACCAGAAUCUCAUCGUUAAUAGUUCAGAGCAUCGCCGUGCUGCUGCUGCUGCUGCUGCUGAGGAAAAGGUGUUUUCCUUCUUCAGGAAAUCCUCGACUGCCAUGAGUACAAACAGGAAAGUCUGAAAAAUCAGCCUGAGAGUGCCGUUUAAGGUCUUAACCACAUUAUCAUGCAGCCUUAUAAGAACAUGGU